AUGCUUCGGCACAGCAAAUUCAACUCCUUACAGGCUAGCGAACAGCAAAACGAGUGGGGUCUCCAGGAAAAUGGAGGGAGGAAAGAAGCACGACGUCGAGCUAGAUUAAACAAUUCUGUCGCGCCAUCGCCAUCGCCAUCGCCAUUGCUUUGUGGCUGGCUCAAGCCGUCCGAUGGGCACGGAUCCGACGGUGCGCUUGAAAUCCUCCCAUCCAACGGUGGAGUUCAAACCUUCCGUGUUGACGCCCUCAAAUGGUGCACCCUUAGUGCGCGCCGCAGCCAACGGCUGGGAUCCGCGUUUAUCCUCUACGUAAAGAAAUCUGUGAUGAAUCUAGCUGGUUUUUGGAUUGGUGGAUUGGUGGCUGGGAUUGCAAAUGAGAUGCCUGGUCUCCAUCACGAAUCCGAGGAUCUUUUGGCGAAACAAGUCCGGUCCUGCAAAGGGUUGGCUUCCGUCCGCCAAAUCCACGCUCACAUUCGCCGCGGAAUCUUUUGCUCCAGCACGUACCUCGCAAAUCUCCUCAUUGACAGUUACGCCAAAUGCCGCUGCCUGGAAGAAUCUUUGGCGCUGUUCCACAGUGGGGCUUUCUCGCGCAAUGCUUUCUCGUGGAAUAUACUCAUCACGGCAUAUGCCCACAACGGGCAUAUGGACGAGUCCCAUGAAAUAUUCGAUUUGAUACCCCAACGCAACGUGGUAACGUGGAGUGUGCUUGUUACCCAAUACACCAAAACAGGGAAUCUUGCAGAGGCAAAAAGAAUCUUUCAUUUGAUUCCGGGAGAGUGCGUUAUUGCCUCGACUGGUAUGCUGGUAGCAUAUGCCCAGGGUGGGCAUCUUGAUGACGCCAGAAGGAUAUUCGAUGGCAUGUCGUGUCGCAGCGUGGUAACGUGGAACUCGAUGGUGCAGGGAUAUUCCGACGCAGCAAACGUGGAAAGCGCCAGGGCUUUGUUCGACAGGAUGCCGGCGUGGGAUAUUCCGUCGUGGAACACCGUGCUCCAGGCAUAUGCCCAAGCCGUAGAUGCCGAGGGAGCUUCCCGAAUAUUCCAGGCGAUCCCGGAGCGCACAGCCGUUUCGUCCACCGCGAUGAUCAAGCUGUGGGCGCAAUUAGGUCACCUCGAUCGCGCCUUGGCGACGUUCCAAUUCAUGCCCGAUUGCGACAUUGUGGCCUGGACAGCGAUCCUUGCCGCCCACGGCCAGAACCAGCGAUUGGAGAGCGCGCACAGGAUCUUUGCACUAAUGCCCCAGCACGAUGGAGUUUCUUCCACUGCGAUGCUCUCGGCCUGUGGAGCGAACGGGGAAACCAUCCUCGCUCAAGAGAUGUUUGAGAAGAUUCCUGUGAAGAACGCAGUGACCUGGAGUGCGAUGAUCGGAGUCUACUGCGCAAGCUACCAAACUGACCGUGCUGAAAUGGUUCUUGAAAAGAUGCCUUACCACGGAGUUCUCGCGUGGACAAGCAUUGCUCACGCAUAUACCACAAGAGGGCAUCUAGUCGAGGCAAAAUCACUGCUAGACAAGGUGCCCUCUAACAACACAGUGGCAUCUACUAUGAUGCUUGCGGCUUAUUCGAAUGUCGGUCACCUUUCUAAUGCCAAAAGUGUGUUUGAUUCUAUGCAAGAACAGGACUCUGUGACGUGGUCCGCUGCAAUUACUGCAUAUGCCCAAGCCGGGCAUUUGAAAGAGUGUGUAGAUAUUUUUCGGAAAAUGGUUCUUGCAGGAUUCGAUCCUCGAGACAUUACGUUUACUUGCGUGCUCACCGGGUUCAGCCACGCUGGGGCCACCGAUCGAGCUCGAGAGUUCUUCCACAUUAUGUGUGGUGAUUUUAGAGUUUGUCCGAGGAUUGAGCACUACUGCUGCGUGAUUGAUCUCUUGGGACGUGUCAAGAGGCUGGACGACGCCGAGGAGCUCGCGAGAAACAUGCCGUUUGAGUCUUAUGGCCUUGCAUGGUCGACGCUGUUGGCCGCUUGCAAACUUCACGGAGAUUCUCAGAGGGGAGCUCGGGCGGCCGGAGAGGCCAUGGAUUUGGAUCCCAAAAAUCCAUCUCCAUUUCUUCUCUUGUCCAAUAUUCUUGCUGAGGACUUCGGAUUCAGGCCCUUUGGGUUGGAAGGUUUGCUGGGGAAGAACUUUUGGGUUUGA